CCAGCGAUAAUUCUUUUAUUUCUACGCGUGUCUUCGAAAUGGAUGGACGCGUCGUUUUGCUCAUUGUCCUUUUAUCUUACGCGUUAAUAAAUUUCGUAAACGCAGAUGUGAUUAGACGGAAGAGAAUUGUUGGUGGUAUUGCGGCCGUGAAGCCUCCCGAGGAUGAUCCAGUAGUUUUUGUGAAUAGAAACGAUCGACAUGCACGUAUUAUCGGCAUUCGCGAUCCUGACAAAGGGUUCUAUGUUUUUCGCGGAAUCAGAUUUGGACAGCCACCAGUCGGUCGAGCUAGAUUCCAGCGAGCCUCGCCCGUAUAUCUCGAAGGGGAAUACAACGCCACUACGUGGGGGUCUCCUUGUCCUCAGCCCAGUCACAAUGAAACUGGUAAAAUAAUUGGAAGCGAAGAUUGCCUCUUUCUGAAUAUCUUCACUCCAUCGCUUCCGGAUUCCAGCAACGGUUAUCCUGUCCUCGUAUGGAUUCACGGAGGUGGUUUUAGAAGAGGUUCAGCGUGUCAAUACGAAAUGAGACACCUGAUUAGAAAGAAGCUGGUCGUCGUGUCUAUCCAGUACAGAUUAGGAACAUUGGGAUUUCUGAGUACAGGUACACAGGAAAUGCCGGGAAACAACGGUAUGCUCGACAUGGUGCUGGCUAUCGACUGGGUGAAGGAUUACAUACAUUUCUUCGGUGGUGAUCCGAACAAGACAAUAGCCUUCGGUCACGGCACCGGCGCCAGUUCUGCUAUGAUGCUGGCGUUAUCAAAAUUUUGUGAAAAUCGCUUCCACGGUUUGAUCGCGAUGUCUGGCUCCAUUUUAUCUCACUUCGCUAUCGAUAAGGAUCCCUCUGCAACAGCUAGGCACAUAGCACGUAAAAACGACUGUCCGACGAACGACAUACGGAGAAUGGUGGACUGUCUGCGAGAACUGCCGGUGGAAAAAUUGAUCAGCGUCGAUUCCGAAUUGGAAAACAUUCGCACAACUGCCCGAGGCUUUGUCUCCGGCCUAGCCAAUCUACUAGGACCUGGUCCCGUCAUAGAAGGCUCUAACGACGGGAGGUCGCUUCCGAAUUUCAUGACCGCAUCGCCAGAGGAUUCUCUAAAACUUGGCAAUUUUCCGUCUAUACCGCUAUUAACAGGAGUCAUGAAGGAUGAAACGGGAGGUGCCAUUCUCGGUCAAUAUAAAGAUGAAGUGCAAAACAAACUGCGCACGGUCCCAGAUUAUUUGACCAAAGACUUUAUACCAUAUUUGCAAGGAACUAUUCCAAAUAUGCAGAACGGAUCGCGGUUUAUCCCGCAAGCUUUUCGCAGCUAUUUCGACACAUUCCAAGGCGACGACACUUCGAAUACCGUUGAGAAAGUCGCAGAAGCUUUGGGCGAUUCUCUCUACAACGCUCCCGCUUUUCUGACUGUCGAUCGCUGGUCUAAAAAUGCAAAAGCAUUUUUAUACACCUUCGAUCACAAAGGAAAAAGAAACUAUGGCAAAGAUUUUCUUACCGGACUACCAAUUGUCGACGCUAAACGAGCCUUGGAUGGCAAUAUGAAUCAUGGCGACGAUCUAGGAUUCAUCUUUAAUCGAAACACAAUUACCGGCGAGAGAGUUAGAGAUAGCAAAGAGCUAGACGAAGCGGAUGAACGUGUAACUGAUAUUUUUACAGAUAUGAUAGCAAAUUUCGCAAGAAGUGGCACAAUUAGCGUAUCUCCUACAAGCUCGAAUGACAGCGUAUGGAGGCCAGAUAUAAUUCCCACAUUCUCCGGUGACACAAAUUCCUUCGUCAGUAUCACGACUUCUCCGAAAAGAAUGAAUAACUUUAGAUACUGUGAAAUGGGAUUGUGGACAGUUGUACCAGAACGAUUACAAUCAUCGACAUGCAGUCUGUACAAAGUACCUCUCCAAUUAAUAAACCAAGGUGCCAAAGAAACGAUAUCUGUAAUUCAAAAUCCUUUGGACAAGUUCAACAAAUUUGUUCCCAAGUCUGGUCUCAAUAUCGCAAGCCAAUCGACAGAUCAGAAUAUCGAAAAACCGAAGAAAAAUGAUACAAUGGAUCGAAAAACAAAUAGUAGAUUACCAAAGGUACCUAUACUGAAGGUACCAUUCGCUGGUUAAGAUAUUUACAAUACAUUUUUACUUUAUGUGUAUUUUUAUUGCAAAAGUAUUUAAAAUAAAAGCAUUUAAUCGUUUGA